UCCUCCUUCAGAGCCACACCCUGCUUUCGAUGUUAGCAGGGUUAUGGAGGGUCGAGCCCGCCGCGUCUUUCGGGCCAAUUUGGCCAAGAUAAAGGAGUCAAAGUUUGAUCCUGUCUGGUUAGCAGAGGAGCUGUUUGCGGCUGGAAUCGUUGGAGAGGGGGAAAGAGUAGCUGCUAAGGAUGAAACGGUUUCCAAAGAGCACCGACGGGACGAGCUGCUAGACUUGGUUAUGGGGCACGGAGGGGAGAGCGUGUUCCAGACCUUCGUGAAUAUAUGCAGCAAAGGGCACACGCAUCGGCUUGCUAUGGAUCUAAAAGAUGAGUUCCUGAGGCAAGGG